GUGGGAUCUAGUCAAGGGGCAACAAGUUGGGAAGCCCUUGUUGGGUCACGACAGCGCAGUCUGGACGGUUGCAGCAUCUCCUAAUGGGCGUUGGAUCGUCAGUGGAGCGAUGGACGGAAGCAUCCUGGUCUGGGAAGUGGCGACGAAAAAAAAUGCGUCUGUCUCGUUCAAGGGACAUAAGAUGUGCGUUUCGAGCGUUGUCUUUGCGCCGGACGACAAAAAAUUCGCAAGUGCAUCGGAUGACAAAACUGUAUGCGUUUGGCUGAGGGAAACAGGGAAAAUUGCCCUUGGACCACUCCAGGCUAGCAGCAGGAACUGGGGAGCAUAUCAUGAUUUGGAAUGCAUUCAAUGGAAAAGAACUCCUCAAAAUAGAACAACAGGCAGUGGUUGUCGCAUUUACUCCAGACGGUCUCCGUCUGAUCAGCGGAUGCAUUCACGACAUCCGAAUCUCAGAUGUUGCAACUGGAGAUAUUAUCAAACAGUUUGAAGCACACACUGAACUCUUUCAAUCACUAGCCAUUGCUCCCGAUGGUACCAAAGUUGCUAGCACGUCGCUUGACAGCACGACGCGGUUCUUUGACCUGACUACGUUUGAACCUAUUGGCGAGCCAUUGGAGCAUCCUGAUGCCGUAUAUUGCGUGGCUUUUUCCGAAGAUAGUCAGCUUGUCGCGACUGGUUGUGACGACACGCUUCUUCGCGUAUGGACAGUGCCUCAAAGCGAUUCAGAUAAGGAGUUCAAACAGUCCCAAAAGGAUGACCGCCGACGCCCUCGUCCAUCCAUACCAAUUGAAAUCAUUCCACGUUUAGAGUCGCGACCAGUACGUACUGGAAUUCCGCGCGGGUUCUUUGAUGAUGUUGAAACAACUUAUCCACCCCGCCGAUCCGCGGAUGGAGGUUCACAGAACCCCACACUGCACUCCCUUAUCAAGAAUCUCGUCAACCGUCUCCCAUUUCGCAGGCAGUUGCAACAAGGACAGCCCGAAGAGGAACGUUCACGACACUGGAACCGAUUCUCGCAAUUCCUGCGACAGCGUACUUCCUUCCGUAGGUCAAGAUCCAGCCAAGAGCCACAAGAGGUUGAAGUCGCAGCCGGACGUAAAUUCACUCGUCUUGCCGCUGCCAGACUGCCGGAAUACAAAAAAGUCAAUGACACCCGACAUUUGCCUAGAGCGCAGCCUGGUGUGUCGCAGAACACGACGGCAAACGACCCAUCGCCCGAGUCGUCUGACAUUGAUUCACUGCCAGAUGUGCAUUGAAGGCCUCCGCGAUGGCGCUUGGAGCGUGUUGACCUUCAUCGCCAGGAUCACACGACAAAUGGCGCUGGGGCUCAUGGUCGCAAUUAGUUGCGCAUCGAUCAAAUUUCGUGCAAUCGAACUAUAUGGUA